UCAUCUUCUAAACACAUCAGUGCUCUCCACUUCUGAAAAAAUGAAAAACCUGAUCUUGGUCGCUCUGAUCCUCCAGCUGCUGAUCACAGUAAUAGACAGUAAUGGAGCGUCACAGUUUAAAUUUGGAGACAUGUUAGCAUUCUACAGAAAAUGUGCAGGAAAAGAAGAUGUGUACAAGCACUAUGCUAUCUAUGUGGGCCCAAGCAAUAAGAUAGACGUCGGCCAAGGUGAUAAUGACAUAUUUCACCUCACAGGUGGCCCAGUUUCCGAAUAUAAGUUCGGUAAAUUUGAAGAGACAAAAGGAAGUUCAACAAAAGUGGAAGUGGACAACUACUUUGACAAGACUGAUGAAAUCAAACCAGCAAACAUUGACGACAACGUUAAAGAAAUCAUGGAGCGAAUCAAGAAAAGCAAUGGAAACUGUCAACUAUAUGGACCCUUAAAUAAAAACUGUGAGCACUUUGCUACCUGGGUGCGCUAUGGCAAGCCUACUGCUAAGCAGGACGGCACAUUCGUUGAACCUAUUUUUACAGCAAAUGAGGCUGUAAAGAAAAAGAUGGCAGAAGUAAGUCAUGAGCACGUGAUGGAGCUGAAUUGUCACUUUACAAACUAACAAGUAUCUCACCAGAGAAUCCUGUCAGCCUGUCUUGCUCUCCUCUGUACUUUCCUCCUGAUGUGAGGUCUUGUUUGAAAUAAAAAAUAA